AUGAAGAUGUCUGCCGCUGACAGUCAGGAGUCAGUUAGUCCUCCGCCAAGUCCGAGCUCCGGUACAUCAGAAUCCGCCCCCACGUUAGUCCACAUCAAACAGGAAAAUAUGGCGCCCGGAACAGAUAUGAAGGAAUACUACAACGCGCUGGACUUCGGUCUUCAAGAAUCAUACCUAAGUAACUACGAAUACAGCAGGAAAUACUUCUCCAGGCCCCUAGACCUCCCGAACGACAGGUUCUUGGACCAAACGAAGACUCCCGAUGAUGAAGACGAUUUUAUGGACUUGGAGAAAUCUGAACCUAAUCUACCGAGAGAAUUGAAAUUAAUGAAAUCAGGAGGAAUUGUCGCCAAAACUAACAUACCAGCUGGAACCAAAUACGGACCGUUCAAUGGAAAGUCAGAGAUACUAAUAGUGCCAUCUAUCGUGAAGCCGCGAUGUCCGCUGUCAGAACUCGCCAGGUGCCGCAAGAUGACGCUACCAGUUUUCGGUAAAAACGGCGUCCGUUCUUGGCUGGAGGCGGCCGCGGACAAGUCUAACUGGUUCAAGCUGGUCCGCUGCGCAACCUCCCCGCACGAAGUUAAUCUGCAACACGAAAAGUUUGCUGGACAAGUUUGGUAUAAAGUGACGAAAGACGUCUCGGCAGGUCAAGAAUUAUUGGUCGGACCUUGGGCAUCACUACCAUUACAAGAUGUUCUUACAACUGGUAGAGAGAGUGCCAGCAGUCAUUCUCAUCAGCAACAGGACGAAGAAGACAGAGAGGACACAAAACCACGCUGUUCCUUCUGUGACGAACCAUUCCCUAAUAUUGAUGCACUUGACCGUCACUUGAUUCAAGCACAUGCUCAGCCAGCUUCGGCAUAUCAUUGCGAGCUGUGCAACAGAGCGUACAGUUCCCGGGCACUACUCCUAAGACACCGGGCGUUAACACAUACCGAUAUAAGGAAAUAUCCCUGCGAGAAUUGUCCUAAGGUAUUUACCGAUCCUUCCAACCUCCAGCGCCACAUCCGCGCGCAGCACGUGGGGGCCCGCAGCCACGCCUGUCCUGAAUGCGGCAAAACCUUCGCCACCAGCUCCGGCCUUAAGCAGCACACGCAUAUACACUCCAGUGUCAAGCCCUUCCAGUGCAAAGUCUGCUUCAAGGCAUACACUCAGUUCUCGAAUUUGUGCAGACACAAACGAAUGCACGUUGCGUGCAGAGCAUUGGUAGAGUGUGGGAAAUGUGGACAAUCAUUCACGUCGUACGCAUCUCUUACUAAGCAUAAGAGAUUUUGCGACACUGCUUCUGCAACAAACGUUAACCUCCGAGGACAAAUCGGUCAAGGACUACCACAGAUACCACCUAUUCCAAACGUCAUGAAUAAUCCGAAUAAUACAAACCCAUUCCCCAUGUACAGGGGCCCAGCUCUGCCGUUACCAUAUAACACUUUCGCACAUUACCCAGCCUUUAUCUCCGCUGCCGCUGCCGCAGCUUGCCCUCCAGACUUUUUAAGUCCCCUCCUCUUCAACGUCCAAGGAGCGAGGUUAGCUAUGGAGCAUGACUUGGUACUUAACGCCAGUUUAAUGGCCAAGCAACAACAGGAAGAACGGAUGUCAGUUAAGAAAGAAACAGAGAGCAUAGAUAGUUCAACAUCUGUAGAUAUGAUAAAUAAAGCAAAAGAAAUGACCAGAGAUGAGAAAGAUAUGGAUGUAGACAGAGUAACACCGAAACCUCAGGAACAUUAUGUAAAACAAUCACCGCCGUCGGCUGAAGAGGCGACUUCAAAGCAACGGCCUUCUCCAGUUAUGCCACUGUCGACUACUGUUGGACCCUUUGACUUUACAAGAAAUGAAACAAAACACAACUCUCUGUACGAUUUUUCUUUGAAAAAUAAUAACGAAACCUUAGAAAAUAAGUCAAUGUCUCCUCAACCGAAAGAUUUGACGAGGAAUAGCAUGUCGAGUGAUGUGGAAAAGCAAUCAAGAUAUUCUAAUUUGGAAGAGGAAACAAAAGAGCAGAAUGACCAACCGCUCGACUUAUCUGUCACUCGAAAACAACGCGACAAGGACUCAGACCUAGAAAAUGACGAUCAUUCCUUUCGAAAUUCAUCGGUAAAAUCUUAUUCACCCGCGGAAAGUCCUGUUGAUAGAGAGAAUAAGACUCCGGAAAAUGAGACAACCGAUGUUGAUGUGGAAGCCGUUGAACCUAAAAGAGAGGACUCCCCAGUAUCAAUGAUGUCUCCUCCCUUAGCAUUCCCAAUGGCUGUACACGCUCAGCACAAUAACAGUCUCAUGAAUGCUAUGUACCCACCACGCUUUACACGUUUCCAUUCGACUUCUGACUCCAUACUAAGUUCCCAGCACUCACCAUAUGUUCCGAGUCCGUUUAAUUUUUUAUCGCCACUUCUCGGCACUGACGGCCCGGAUAGGCAAUCAAGUGCCUACGCAAAAUUUCGCGAACUCAGCGCUGGAUCCGGUAAACUGCGAGAUCGCUACGCUUGUAAAUUUUGCGGAAAAGUAUUCCCGCGAAGCGCUAACUUAACACGUCAUUUACGUACGCACACCGGCGAGCAACCGUACAAGUGCAAAUAUUGCGAGCGUUCUUUCUCCAUAUCCUCUAAUUUACAGCGACACGUCAGGAACAUUCAUAACAAGGAGAGGCCGUUUAGAUGUCAGUUAUGCGAUAGAUGUUUCGGGCAGCAGACUAACUUAGAUCGGCACCUUAAGAAACAUGAGGCGGAAGGUGGUGAUUCACCAAGUUCCGGGGAUACUGAACACGACGCGUGUUUCGAUGAUAUCCGUUCGUUCAUGGGGAAGGUGACCUGUUCUCCCGGAGCUGGAUCCCCAUCAGCGACCUCCCCCCACCCCUCCCACGCCCCCCAUCCUCCACAUCGACCGUCAGCCCUCUCCAUCUCCACCUAG